AAAAUCCAUCUUCCUCAUGGUUGCAAUAUUUUUUCUACUAUAUAUAUAGCAAUUGGUCACUCUAUAUAUAGUUCCAAUAUGCGCUAAUAUUAUCAAAUACAAAUUACCAUUUCACUUCACCUAUUUAUAUAUCCCCAUUUUAACCAAUUUACGCGCGCGCUAAUAUAAAAAAAAAAGAUAAUGGGGAACGAAUUGAUGGUUUUUAUGAUAAUGGUGAUUGUACAAGUUGCAUAUGCCGGAAUGAUAAUAAUAUCGAAAUUAGUGAUGGAUGGUGGCAUGAAUGCUUUCGUUCAAUCAGCUUAUAGGCCUAUUUUUGCCACUAUCUCCAUUGCUCCAUUUGCUUUCUUCUUAGAGAGGAAAACUAGACCCAAGAUGACAUGUUCUGUACUUUUUCAGAUAUUUUUGUGUUCUAUUUUCGGGAUAACAGCGAACCAAAACAUAUAUUUCAUCGGGCUAAAGAAUUCAACUCCAACAAUUGUUUCCGCUAUUGAUAAUCUAAUCCCAGCUUUCACCUUUAUCAUAGCUGUACCCUUGGGGAUUGAAAAAUUGGGAUUAAGAAGUAUAGCAGGACAAACUAAGUUUUGGGGUACAAUAAUAUGUGUUGGAGGUGCAAUGUUAUUGUCAUUAUAUCAUGGAAAAGUUGUUAUUGGUCAAUUAGGAUUUCACUGGAAAUAUGCAGAAAAUACAAGCAAAGAUGUCAAUUCUGCUAAUUCUAAUUUCUUUUUAGGACCUUUUCUACUUAUAGUCUCCAGUCUCACUUAUGCCAUUUGGUUAAUUAUUCAGGCAAGGGUAAACGAGAAGUAUGCAGCACCAUAUACAAGCACAACGUUGAUGUGCCUAAUGGCAAGUGUGGAGUGUGUUAUCAUCGGCUUUUGUGUCGUUCCAAAACUUUCUGAAUGGAAAUUAAAUCCUAUUAGAGCUGUUUCAGUUGUCUAUAAUGGAGCUAUGGCUACGUCAUUUACAUAUUUCCUGAGCUCGUGGUGUAUUGAGAAAAAAGGGCCCUUAUACGUCUCGAUGUUCAAUCCUUUGUUCUUAGUUAUUUCUGCAUUUCUUAGUUGGAUUUUGCUUCGUGAGAAAUUAUACCUUGGCGUAGUUUUAGGGUCGAUUAUCGUCGUGGCUGGGAUGUACGGCUUUUUGUGGGGCAAAAAGAUGGAGACAAGUGCAGAGGAUAUUGAUGUACUAGAAUUAACAAAAGAGAAGAAGCAAUUAUCCACUAAAUUACAAGUUGAUUUGGAAUUGCAAUUAACUCAGAAUCCCAAGGAUAAUAACAAUAAUAAUAUGAAGCAGAUCACAAAAUCCAAAACUGAACUAUGAUUGAUUGUGCAGUCAAAAAAAAAUUGGGAUACCACUUGGAAUAAAUAUGAAACUAAUCAAUUCCUAAUAAAUGGAUAAGGUUAUUUAGUCAUUUUUUUUCCAUUGAGGCUUUUGUUUUUAAUAAAAUAAAUUGUAGAAUUAAUAUAUGAAA